GCUCAUCAGACAAAAGACCGAGAAAUUACUCAGCCUCACGAACAAAAUGGAGAAGCAGAUAAGUAGCACGACAGACACAGAGCCCAGAAGGCCUUAUAGAUACGUUCUUCCAACAAUGUCAGUAUCCUCGUAGAGCCAUUAAAGUCCUUCUUCUCAUUAGUACCGCGGACAACGACAAGGACAAUAACAAUAACAAUUUCCGAUUAAAUAUGAAAUUGGAAGACCGGCGUGGGCGGAAGGAAAGUACUGGAGGGCGGAAUUAUGCGAAUGACGAGGACGUGCGUGCAUUGACGAAGAUCAAGGGAGAGAUGACGAAAGUGAAGUCGAGUGAAGCAGCCCAAAUGAUCAGUCGUGAAGAUCAUGCAUGCGAUUAGCAGACCUAGUGCUAUUGCUCCAUUCUUUUGUAGUAUUUCAAUCCCUUCUUAACAAGCAAGGCAAAAAAUACUGUAGUUAAGGUGGCUUCUCUUUCUCGAAGAAAGAAAUAGCUCCUCUGUCGUGCCUAGGUAUGGUAUUUGGGUCAUUUUCACAUGUCGACCACCGUUUUCUGAAGAUCUCUUUCACAACAAUUUUGCUUGCCGUACCCCUCGACUUAGUACCUCAGAUUCAGGAUGGGCGAGUCGUCGGGCAAUCAUGUCAAGCUGCUUGCCCUUGCCCGUUUUCACGUGGUUGCAAUAUUCAGCGUCUUGCUUUUUUGUUUGCAGCUAUAUGGCGACUGCAGUGCUGCUGUACUAGUUGCCGUUCAAGUUGUGGGAGACGGACACGGCGUCGCUCAUGGAGCAGCAAACGUCGCUCAAGCAGUCACUCAGCAAGCAGGAAACGUCGCUCAAGAAGCAGACGCCUCUCCUUCGUCGGACAAGACGAGUGGCAGUUCGUUAUCUUCAGGGCAGGAGACAGCAUUCGAUGACCAUUCCUCCGAUGGUGUCGACUCCGAACACGAAGUACAGUCUAGCGCUGGUGAAGGAGAUGCAUCUUCAUCAACUGUUCUUUCGGUUUCCGGCGCUUCAUCCUCUGCGGACGAGUCAGGACCGGGGACGCAACAAGAUGGGACAAAAGUAGAAGAAGGAAACUCUAGUUCAGGAGAUGCUAAAGGUACUACAGCACAAGAACAGCAUGCCAACGUCGCGAACUCACGACUUGCAUGUACAGAAUCUAUCGAUGUGAUUCCUUUGCUAGAAGGGGGUCGAGGGGCAAAGCACAACAUCGUCUUUGGUGACGAUGAAUGGUGGCACAAGAACAACAAUACAGCAGGUGACACUGGCGACGACGCGAAUCAUCCAACAUCUUACUUAAGGGAAAUAGCUAGCUCACUAUCUGGUCGGAGGUACCUAUCCUGGGUGGCGUUCGCCUUGAUUUCGCUUGGAAAUCAAGGGGAAAGAGGGCAAACUCACUCCACAGCGGAUAGUGAUGGACCGGCGCUAAAUUACUCAACUUCUGACGAGGAAGAUGAUAGCUGGUCUUCUUGGAUUGCAAAUAGCAUUUCGCAAUUGCUAGGAUUUUCUGGUGCAGCAGCGGAAGGUGACGAGGAAAACGGAGGUCCUCAAGGCGCUGAGCAACACCAUCUUAGAGUGGUUGAGGAACAGGAUCACGAUGAGAAAGAGAAUGAAACUGCGUUUGGUCGUGAUGAGGUUAUAGACAGACCUGGAGGUGCUGCUGGAGAUGCAGGUUUCUCUUCAAGAACGAACACGAAUUCCUCAACAACUAGAACUAGGCUUGGCCCUUUGUCUUCUUUCACACCUGCUCAUGGUGUACCAGGAGGACAGAAACACAAGACCUCCUCCGGGGCGGUGUUCAUGAUUCCGCGCGUGGUGAUCUAUGGUGGAGGAAGUAGCUCGUCAACAGAAGCUGCAAAGACCGCAAAAGCUCCAGACCCUGUCCAUGUGACCAUCGACCCAACGUCACCAUCCGUGAAAUUCCCAUUGGGACCGAUCAAUCUCAAGCUCAUCAUGCUGGACGAAAACGAUGCUCCCCUGGCUGAGCACCAGACAGAUGGGGGGACGAUUGUUCCGAAAGUAGCUGUUCCUGUAGUUAACUAUGGAGCUUCAGUUGGGGCUGCGACAGUUCUUGGGUACAACUAUGAUGCAGGAGAAGGGACGCCUCGUCCUACAUCUACUGCACCAGCCGACGCAGGACCAGAAGAUGAAGUGCUGCAGGUUCCGCAAGAAUCGCAUGAGCAGUCAUUACCUCGCCUCCUUGGCUCUGAGCAGUCAGGACAAACAGCAGAUGAGCAUAAGGGUGAAAAUUCUUCAACAAAACCAACAAUUCCAGAUGAUCCUUUUGUUUCUUUCCUUUCCGCUGGCACUCAGGGUACAGCAACGCAGGAAGAAUUCAGCUCGGCAAUGUCUAGCAUACAGCCGCAUCAGUUCUCGACACAAUUCCCCACAACAACAGUGCAACAGCCUUACGGUGGUCCCAUGCAGAUGGUCAACACAAUACCAGGGCCUACAAAUAAGUUGAUGAACGCGACCACUAGCACUACAUUGCCCGCCUACAUUACAACUGGAAGUAGUUCUACGCAAACAGGGGUGCCAAUUCUUCAACCAGCGAGAGGAACGACUUUCAUGGUAGCUUCGCCACCUGUUCCUUUUCCUCCUACGCCAACCACGUCGUAUCAGAUAGCGAACAGUAACUCGUCAGCAUCAACACCUUCUAUUAGUAUGGGAGUCGGCAUGCCUGUGGCUCUGCCCCGCCUAAAUGUGGCCCACCACCUUACAGCCUCGGCUGACCAGCCAGAAGGAACUCGUCAAGCAGCUGUUGUCCAGCCCAUCGCCUAUGGCAGUCUGACCAACAAAAUCGAGACACUAGUCGGAAAACGCAACUUUUUCGUACGUGGUCGGAGCAAAGGGGCACGGACUCGCGCAACAGCGGCAACAGUAUCAGCAGCUGCAACGCCAACGACUGGCACCACCGCCGCAAAUUCUACAGCAUCUAAAAGUGGCAUAACAAAGCAACCAGUGAAGCAGGAGACGAACAAGGCAGCAGCGCCAACGAUAGAAGAUGAUCCAGGUCGUUCUGCAGCGCUAACUUCUGAGCAAAGGGAGACAUAUACUCGAGAAAGAGAAGAUGCGGCGCGACAGAAGACACGCCAGGAGCAGUCGCAUCAGCAGCCUGUUCGAGGAGCAACUAUUAAUACAGGAUCAGGAAAUGUUACAAAUGCUAUAAAAACGCUUCGUGUAGUUUCUAAUCCCAUUGCAGAUGCGUCCUCCUCCGCUCCACAGCCUUCAGAACAAGAACGCGCACCCUCAUCAUCAGCCGCCGCAUCAUCCUCAGCUUCUGCGGCGAAUAUGGAGCAACAGCAACGCCUUCUACAACCUUCAACUGCCACUUCCACUGGAACUACAAAGCGACCAGUGGGUGUUGUACAACACCUGGUGCCAUCACCAACAUCAUCCUCACAGGUAGUGGUGAAAGACGUACCAGAGCAGCCAGCUGCCCCACCGGAAGUUUUAGACCUUUGGCAAGUAGAGGGAGUGACAGGUCCGAAGAGUGCGGAAAUGUCAAUUGUGGAUUCUCGGAUGAUACCUAGUCCGGGAGCAAAGUCGGCACCGCUGAAAAUGACUGCUUGGGACAGGCAGAAAGUUCUUAUGACAAUGACAGGAUGUUGUUUGAAGAUUAUUUUUGGAGUUCGAUGAAGUUCAAGUUCCUUGUUAUUGAUUUUUCACUAUAACUCGUAAUCCUUAUCCUACGAUCCAUCAUCAUCAAGAACAAGCAUGAUCAUGUCCUCACCGACACCGCUUUUUCCUCUUCAUAAAAGUGCAGUUUGAAUGCAUCUCCGAAAAUGCAGCUUUGGGGAAAUGCCGGGGCUCGCGAUGGGCCUCGAGCCUAGCUAGUCGGGCUAUCAGCGCAGCAGGCAUCGGCUUCGAAUGGCAUACUACACCGGCUAAGGUUAUGGCAGAAAGGACGAGGACGACUCAAGUAGUGUAAAAACAAUAACAUGAAAAGUAAGAUGCCUUCUAAUGAUAGCAGAGCCAGAGCUACUAGAGGACAAAAGUACUUACACUUCGAAAUGCAGUUAGCACAGAACCAAUGAUUGAAAAUAAGUAGAAGAGAAAUUACUCUCUGCUCUUACUGAAGUGCGACCCUCACAUCUCAGUGAAAUUCCCUAACAAGCUCAUUUCACUCACAUUUUUUCAUCUAAUCGCAGCCGUUUAACGCUUCGCGUAACGGGUAUCGACUGGAGCAACGUUGAGGGUUAUCUCAAUCUCGCGAAACGCUUUGUCCGUUUGGGAGGUGAUGAGCCGACAGAAGUGAUUUUGCGAUUUGAGUAUCCUUUAAGGCUCAUUGGAAUCUAUCUUGAGAAGCCUCUCGUCUCUCUUUGACUCCUACGGACUUUUUUAAAGGCAAAAAUCGAAAAUACAUCACAUGUCAAACAAAGAUCGAUGAUGCUUUUCAAGAUAAAUAUGCAUAGGUAAUGGUAAGGUCUAACUCCUAGCGGUGGCGCGUUGGUGACGCGAUCUAUACUCGUGCAAGUCUGGAUGGGGGAGAAAAAAUGAGAUUCGGAAGCAUGCAUUUUCUAUGUUGGAAUUCUAAUUCAAAUUUGUCUGAUGUCUGCGAAAUAUCAAACAUAGACUAUCAUGCAUCAUGAUCAUGUCAACACAUUAAGUAAAUUUUGUAUCACUUUCAAUGCGUUCGAACAAUUUUCUAAACUACAUAGAAAUAGAUUCAUCAUUUCUAUUCAGACAUUCAUGGUUACUUAUAUGGCAUAGGCAUACUCUACUUCAUCAUCUUCAUAUUCUUGAACACGUUCGAUCUUUUCUUCCAUCAAAGCACCAAGAUUUCGAUUUGAUAAUGGCGUCGAUAUUCUUAUCCACUAUUCGGGUUCGACUCCGGCCACUUGAAGUACCACCUUGUGCUUACUCGUAACCACAUGGUCACCUAACUUCAACUUCAACAAGACCCCAUCAGUCACGCUCGAAAGACGACUCAUUGAUCACGUCACUUGAAUCCAGAAUCGUCAAUUUUGUAUCUCUGCUUGUCUGUCUGAAACGCAAAGGUCGGAGGUAAUAGAACAUUCAAACUAAAGCAAAAGCACGCCGACGGACCGUCGUGAAAAGGUCCUCGCCGUGAAGAAAUAGACUUUUAUUAUGGCGAAC